UAAACUCUCGCCCUCACAAAGAUGGCGGCGCGUGGCGGAAGUGUGCGCGCAGCGCAGGGGCCGUCGGGAGUUGUAGUUUCUACCGGGCCCGGGCGGCGAGCCGCUGCCUCCCUCGCGGACGCGGCCGGCCAGCUGAAGCCGCCAUGCAGCUGCUGCCGGGGCUGCUCUGGCUCCUGGUGCCGGGCUCGGCCGCGCUGGAGCCCAUCAGCCUGAGCAUCGUCAUCGGGGCGGCCUCGGUGCUCACCGGCUACCUCUCCUACCCCAGCUUCUACUGCGGCUUCGUGGAGUGCUGCCCCGGGGAGGCGGACCGGCCCAAUACCACCGCACUGAGGGAGGAUUUGGAUAAUAAACUCUUUGGACAGCACCUUGCCAAAGACGUGAUCCUGAAAGCAGUGACGGGAUUCAGAAACAACCCAAAUCCCAAAAAGCCACUCACUCUCUCCCUCCACGGCUGGGGAGGCACGGGUAAAAACUUUGUCAGCCAGUUCAUCGCAAAGAGCAUUCACAAAGCGGGAGAGAAAAGCAAAUUUGUUCAUCUCUUUAUAGCCACGCUACACUUCCCACAUGGACAUCAGAUUACACUGUAUAAGGAUCAAUUGCAAAUGUGGAUUCGGGGUAACGUGAGCGCCUGUGCCAGAUCUGUGUUCAUAUUUGAUGAAAUGGAUAAAUUGCACCCUGGCCUCAUUGAUGCCAUUAAGCCGUUCUUAGACUAUUAUGAGCAGAUUGAUGGGGUGUCCUACCGGAGAGCCAUCUUUAUCUUUCUCAGUAAUGCAGGUGGGGAUUUAAUUAAUAAAGUGGCUCUGGACUUCUGGAGGAGUGGAAAAGACAGGAAGCAGAUUCAGCUGAAAGACCUGGAGUCUGUGUUAUCUGUAGCAGUCUUCAAUAAUAAGAAUAGUGGCUUGUGGCACAGCAGCCUGAUCGACAGAAACCUCAUUGAUUACUUUGUCCCCUUCCUGCCCCUGGAGUACAAGCAUCUUAAGAUGUGUAUCAGGGCAGAAAUCGAGGCUGGUGGCAAGAAAAUCAACGAGGCGAUCGUUGACGAGGUGGCCAAGGAGAUGACAUUCUUCCCAAAAGAUGAGAAAAUCUACUCCGAUAAAGGCUGCAAGCUCGUGCAGCAGAAGCUGUUGUAUUAUUGGGAGAGGUUAUGAGCAAUG